AUGAUGGCAGUCAAGACUGCGAAUGCGGAACAGGCCGUAAAAGCGGAAGAGCAGGCAGACACAGGCGCGGUACCCCUAGGCGGGAAGGCUGUGCAGGCGGUUGUGUUGGCGGUCACGGUGCAUCUAGCUGCGGAGGUGUUUGGCAAGGACGAGGCGGGGCGGGCGGCGUUCUACAGCGCGCUGAGCGUGGCGGCUGCAUACGGGGCGGCGGCGGCUGCGGGGCGCGUGCCGGCAUUCAACGCGGUGUACGUCGUGUACCUCCCGGUGAUGGUAUCGCUCCUCUUCCGGCGGGAGCUAGUGCCGGUGAACUGCGCGAUGGCCCUCGGCGGUAUGCAGAUGCCUGUGGUGCUGCGAGUGCUGCAGCAGCUCACGAUAUUAUAUCUGCAGCCGGCCGCGCGCGGGCGGGGGUUGCGGGACGUGGCGGCGUUGGCGGUGCACCAGGCGGUGUGGUGGGCGUUGGCGCGGGUGUCGGAGCUCCGGUCGUUGGACAUGGUCGACUGCGGCUUGCUCUCGAUCCUGCUCACGAACGUGCUCUUCGUGAUCGGCGGCGAGUCCUCUGUGCAGUUCCAGAUUCUCCGCGCAUGCCUCUACGGGUUCCUCGUUGCAGUCGGAGCAAACUACGUGUUUGUGCGGGCAUACGGGCGCCGGAACCAGUACGUACGGACGGCGGUCUUGCUGGCGGUGUUUGCGCUCGUGUUCCCAUCUGUGAUCUUGGCGUUCCUCGAUCUAGACGACACGGACAAUGCGUUGGUCUGGUUGAUCAAGUACAUUUUCAGCAGCGCGCUACGGAUGCAGAUCAUGGCCGGUUGGCUCGUUUUCCUUGGGGUGCUGAUUCCCAGUGUGUUCGUGAUGAAGAGCCAUCUCUCGUUGAACACCUCCCGCAAAAUCUGGCAUUUUGCGUUGUUGCCUCUCCUUGUCUGCCAGAUGGCCGUGGAACCUGAGUUUACGACGGUGGCCAUUGCGGGCACCGUGGUGGUGUUUUUGAUCGUCGAGUAUUUCCGGUACAUGAACCUAUAUCCUUUUGGUGAUUAUAUCAACGCACAGCUGCGUACCUUCACAGAUUUCAGAGAUGAGCAAGGUCCGAUCAUUGUAUCGUAUCUAUAUCUAAUUCUUGGGGUCUCCUUUCCGCUAUUGAUCAACCGAUCUCUAGUGGGUGUAAUAAGUUUGGGUGUUGGAGACUCGUUGGCGUCUAUCAUCGGUCGCCGCUACGGCAAGUACCAUUGGCCGGGGACAAACAAGACUGUGGAAGGUACUCUGGCGUUUAUAGUGGCGUCUGCAGCACUCUGCCUAGUGUGCCAGCAAGCUUUCCUGGCGUUUGAAGGUGUGGCGACCAGAAACAUUAUCCUGGCAUGUGUUGUGUCAGGAAUAUUGGAAGGGAACUCGGAUCUAAACGAUAACAUACUAAUACCCAGCUUUAUGUUGAUCUUUAUGGAAUUGUGCAAAUACUAUUGA